CUAACAUAACUAAAUUAUAUAACCUCUUUCAAAGCAGGUUGGCAGGUUUGUACUUUGCAUGGAGCAAGAGUGAUAGAAUGGGGACUAAAGGUGGCCUCUUCCGGUGCGCAGAUGGGAUAGACAAACUGCUAAUGGUUCUGGGAAUUCUGGGAAGCCUUGGAGACGGGAUGAUGUCCCCUCUUACCAUGCUUGUUCUCAGUGGAGCAAUCAACAAUUAUGGGGCUGACAGUGGCUUCCUAUCUAAUGAAAUAGUGGACAAGUUUUCCCUGAGGUUGCUCUAUGUUGCCAUUGCCGUCGGAGUUUCUGCAUUUGUAGAAGGAGUAUGUUGGACAAGAACUGCAGAGAGACAGACAUCUCGUAUGAGGAUGGAAUACCUAAAAUCAGUACUUAGGCAAGAAGUUGGUUUCUUCAAUGGCCAAGAUGCUUCUACCUCUACCUUCCAAGUCGUGUCUGCCAUUUCUUCUGAUGCCCAUAUAAUCCAAGACACACUAGCUGAGAAGAUACCCAAUUGCCUGUCUAACCUAUCCGCGUUUGCCGCUAGCAUUGUUUUUUCCUUCUUACUUUCUUGGAGAAUAGCAUUGGCCGCAUUACCAUUCUUGAUGCUGUUCAUUGUUCCAGGAGUUGUUAUUGGUAAGCUAAUGAUGAACCAAGGGGCAAAGAUACGGGUUGCUUAUGGAGUAGCUGGUGGCAUCGCAGAGCAAGCAAUAUCAUCCAUCCGUACAGUUUACUCGUAUGCAGGGGAACAUCAAACACUCAAGAGAUUCAGCAAAGCACUCCAGAAAAAUAUGGAGCUUGCUAUAAAGCAGGGUUUCACAAAGGGACUGCUAAUGGGAAGUAUGGGAAUGGUAUAUGCAGCUUGGGCUUUUCAGGCUUGGGUUGGCAGCAUCCUCGUUACGGAGAAAGGAGAAAAAGGUGGCUAUGUUUUUGUGGCUGGAGUUUGUGUCAUCUUGGGAGGAUUCUCUAUUAUGAGUGCGCUUCCAAAUCUUUCUUUCAUCUCAGAGGCAACAUGUGCCGCAACCAAGAUGUUUGAGAUGAUCGACCGAAUUCCAGUUAUAGAUGCUGCAGAUGAUACAGGGAAAAUCUUAGCUGAUGUCAAAGGAGAAAUCAAAUUUAGAGAGAUUUAUUUUAGCUACCCAUCAAGGCCUGAUAACCCAGUUCUUCAAGGAUUAAGUCUUCAGAUUGAAGCUGGCAAGACGGUUGGUCUUGUAGGAGGCAGUGGUUCUGGAAAAUCCACAAUCAUAUCUUUACUUCAAAGAUUUUAUGACCCUGUUAGAGGAGAUAUUUUUCUUGAUGGAAAGAAAAUUAAAAGACUUCAGCUGAAAUGGCUAAGAUCUCAGAUGGGACUGGUUAAUCAAGAACCAGUUCUCUUUGCAACAUCAAUAAAAGAAAAUAUUCUUUUUGGCAACGAAGAGGCACCUAUGGAACUUAUCAUAAAUGCAGCUAAAGCUGCAAACGCCCAUGACUUCAUCGUUAAUUUACCUGAUGGAUACAAUACACAAGUUGGGCAAUUCGGACUUCAGUUAUCAGGAGGACAGAAGCAAAGGAUCGCCAUAGCAAGGGCUUUAAUUCGAGAUCCAAAGAUCCUUCUCCUUGAUGAAGCCACAAGUGCUUUGGAUGCACAAUCUGAAAAAAAAGUCCAGCAAGCGUUGGAUAAGGCUUCGCAAGGAAGGACUACUAUAAUCAUUGCCCACCGCCUCUCCACAAUCCGUGAGGCUAAUUUGAUAGUGGUUCUCAAAUCAGGCAGAGUGAUAGAAUCAGGCUCUCAUGAUGAGCUGAUCCAACCAAAAAAUGGACGAAGGGGAGCCUACUGUGAAAUGGUGCAGAUGCAGCAAUUAGCAAUGCAAAAUGAAGCCUCUCGUAUUUCCAGUUAUCCAACACAAGGUACAAACCCCUAUAGAUUGACUGGUGGACAGACUCCACCAACACCAAUCAGUGCCAGAUCAAGCUACCAUCUAAGCAGUCCAGCUACCCCCUUCAGCCCUGCACUGUCCAUCAGCAUGACACCCACUUUCGAAAUGAAUCCAAAUGAUCACGAAAAUGAUAAAAAUUCAAAGAACUCUUCCCUUUACCCUUCUCCACAGUGGCGUUUGAUACGAAUGAAUGCACCCGAAUGGAAGAGAGCACUGAUUGGGUGCUUAGGGGCUACUGGAUCUGGAGCGAUUCAGCCAAUUCAUGCCUACUGCUUAGGAUCAGUUGUCUCAGUUUACUUUCUUACAGAUAACUCAAGGAUCAAAUCAGAAACAAAAGUCUAUUCCUUCAUUUACUUGAGUCUAGCAGUUCUUAGUCUCAUUGCCAACCUCCUCCAACAUUACAAUUUUGCAAUCAUGGGAGAGCGUUUAACCAAAAGGGUGCGAGAAAAAUUACUUGAAAAGGUGCUUACCUUUGAGAUUGCAUGGUUUGAUCAAGAUCAGAAUACAAGUGCAGCCAUCUGUGCCCGGCUAGUGACUGAAGCCAACUUGGUCAGAUCUCUAAUUGCCGAUCGCAUGUCGUUACUGAUUCAAGUUUCCGUAAGUGCUUCCUUGGCAUUUGUGUUUGCGAUGGUGGUCACAUGGAGAUUAGCUAUUGUCAUGAUUGCCAUGCAGCCUUUAAUAAUCGCAUGUUUUUAUUCAAGGAGUGUUCUAAUGAAGAGUAUGUCAGCAAAAGCUCAAAAAGCACAAGGUAAAGGAAGCCAACUAGCAAGUGAAGCUACUCUCAAUCACCGGACUAUCACGGCCUUUUCAUCUCAGAAAAGGAUACUAGAUCUCUACAGAGAGACCUUAAGAGGCCCCAAAAAGGAAAGCAUCAAACAGUCGUGGUUUUCAGGAAUUGGACUCUUCAGCUCCCAAUUCCUGACAACAGGUGCAAUAGCUUUGACUUACUGGUACGGAGGGAGGCUAAUCAAUCAAGGACUAGUUGCUCCAAAGCACCUUUUCCAAGCGUUUUUCAUCUUGAUGAGCACAGGUAAAAACAUUGCAGAUGCUGGAAGCAUGACUUCUGACAUUGCCAAAGGUGGCAAGGCCAUAAGAUCAGUUUUUGAGAUUUUGGACAGGAAAACUGAGAUUGAGCCUGAAGACCCCAAAGGGAUUGAAGUUCAACAUAUUUCUAAAGGCAAUAUAGAACUCAAAAAUGUUUUCUUCUCUUACCCUUCGAGACCUGAACAAAUGAUCUUUAAAAGCCUUAAUAUCAAAAUUGAAUCAGGAAAAACAGUGGCCCUUGUGGGACAAAGUGGUUCAGGAAAAUCCACAGUUAUUGGGUUGAUAGAAAGAUUUUACGACCCGCAAAGUGGAUCAGUAUUCAUAGAUGAACGUGACAUCAAAUUCUACAAUUUGAGAAAGUUGAGGUCGCAUAUUGCACUGGUAAGUCAAGAACCUACUCUUUUUGCUGGAACUAUUCGUGAAAACAUUGCCUAUGGUAAGGAGAAUGCUACGGAAGCUGAAUUGAGGAAGGCUGCAAUUCAAGCAAAUGCUCAAGAAUUUAUAAGUUCUAUGAAAGAUGGAUACGGUACAUACUGUGGAGAAAGGGGAGUCCAGCUUUCAGGAGGCCAGAAACAGAGGAUAGCAAUUGCUCGAGCAAUACUGAGGAAUCCAGCAAUCCUUCUUUUGGAUGAGGCAACCAGUGCCCUAGAUAGUGUGUCAGAGAAUUUAGUUCAAGAAGCACUUGAAAAGUUGAUGGUUGGCAGAACGUGUGUGGUUGUAGCACACAGGCUGUCCACAAUACAAAAGGCAGACUCCAUAGCCGUGAUAAAGAAUGGACAGGUGGUGGAGCAAGGAUCACAUAACAAUCUGCUAGCCAUUGGACGUAGUGGAGCAUACUACUCUCUAAUUAAGCUACAACAUGGUCAGUCUCCUUACAGGUAAGGCUCACAAAUGUUAGUUCUAUGCAGAAAUUCGAAAUAACACUCACUGUAACAAAUGAAAAGAACUUUAAGGUCAGUCAUAGAAGAAUCAUAAUUUCAUAUGUAAAAAAUAUCCUUUGAGCCAUAAUUGUGAACCAGAUUUGUAAAAUCUAUGAAUAGAUUUCUAGCUUAUAUCCAUAUAAUUACAAUUCUUCAUCACUCAUGUAGCAAUUCUUUAAUUUUACUUUCGCUCCCUCCCCCACGAAUAUAUCAUACAAGUUAACUUUGUGAGAGGGGGUAUUA